AUGCCCCAGGGCGAGAUAGAGGGAGACGUAUCGCCUAUCGGGGCCAGAUUGAACGAAACAAGAUGGCCGACUUGUGAAGCACCGGUACCGAUAUCGACAGAACUCACCUCGCCACCCAAAGUAGUGGAUGGGGCGACCUUCGGUGGUCAAUGCGCAUGCGGGGUCGUUCUCUUGGCGCUAUAUAUCGUACUGUGUAACUACUGGCCUGAGAUCCCCACAGCAUUUCUGGCUCUUGUGACAGCUGUCGGUCUCUCCGGCUUUUUGGACAAGAAACCAGUCGCAACAGGAUUUCUGUUUACAGUGUCUUCACAAACGUCGAGUACAAACCAGGCCACAUAUACACAGACGGAGGGUCAAACGUGCCCCUGGUCCAGUCAUUUACAUUACAAGACGAACCAAGAGAGCGUCCACGAAGAACGACGAUUGAGCUUAAAGGUAACCCACAAAGAACACCAACUGUUCCCCCAGCCAGGUGAAACAGAACAUGAAACGAAUGACCUAGGUCAGAGAGAACACCAGUCGUUGUCAGAGCUAACCCACAGAGAGGGACACACGAAUGACCUACAUGUAGGCCAAAGAGAACACCUCUCGUGCUUAGAGCUUGCCCAUAGAGAACGUCAGACGAAUGACCUGGGCCAGAGACAUCGUCAUUCGUGUUCCGAACUAGCCCAUAGAGAACGUCAAACGAAUGAACUAGGCCAGAGAGAAUAUCAAUCGUACUCAGAACUAACCCAGAGAGACCAUCAAACGAAUGACUUAGGCCAUAGGCUUCGUCUAUUAUGUUCAGAAUUAAACCAGAGAGAACGUCAAACGGAUGAUCUGGGCCACCACCAUCUUCAGUCGUCUUCAGAACUAGCCAAGAGAGAACAUCAAAGAGCUGAAGAAAACCAUAGGGAUCAUCUACUAAACGUACGUUCAGAGCUAGCUCAGACAGAUCGUCAAACAAAUUACCUGUGCCAGAGGGAUAGUCAGUCGUGUUCAGAGCUAGACCAUGGAGAGUUUCGAACACAGCUAUCCCACAGUGAAACUCGGACGAAUUCGGUGGAUCUACGCCUGUCAGAAUUUAAAAUGGGCUCGGGGCUGAUCCAAACAGAAUCCGAAGCAAAUGUAGAACACACCGACGCGGAAUACAAUGGAGGAGAGUUUGCUACUCCAAACGUAUACCCCAGUCAGUAUUAUGGAGGGACAACAUUGAGUCAAGGCGUACAAACUGACGAAGACGAAACAACGAAUAUCAAUGGAAUUUUUCAACGAACCGUGCGACAGCCGUUUGUUAAAACGAGAGAUUUUUCCGGAUCAACAACGGAUGAUAACGAAUGGCCAGAUUUAUCCGAUGCUGAGACAAAUGUGGAAGAUUCAAACCUGGAGGCAGAUUUGGCGACAGCAAAACCGGCUGGCGAUACUUCUCCUGGAGCACAAGUUAAGGAGCAUGUGUCCCAAGCUGUGGAUGGGGCACCAAAGGGGGGCGAAAGACACGCAUCCGUCUUGAAGAAACAAUCACCAAAUUUCAAGCACAUCAAAACACAAAACGGCCAACAGAGUUUGUCAGCGACUAAGGCCAAGAGAAGCCCCAGAGUCGCGCCACGAGUACGAGUGGCAUCCUCCGAGACCGUCACCAGCAGAUUGGAAAUACCGGCAUUCGGCAAGGUUUGGCGGGAACCGGAAGAGCGGGUAAGGCAAGCCGAUGUUAGCCAUGCAGGCAAUUUCCAGCAAAACAAAAGCCCAGAAGACGGUCAUAUUGCCGAGGAUGUAACGAGAGAACCAGAUAAACCAUCUGCUUACAACGAACCUUCAAACGACUGUAGUUCAAUAGUCACAGGUAAUUCCAUGGACCAAAAUCUCAAUUGUCACAACUGUUCUAUGUAUGGCCACGCUUCGUCAGACUGUCUUCGUGAGCCUAUUUCGUCGAGGUCCGAGGAAAAGGGUAAGAGUCAAAACGCUGACAGUUCAGCACUUCAGUCGAGGAAUAAACCUAGUAUAGAUUUUAAUGGCGUACACGGGGAGCAUGCACAAGCGCCUGACAGCGGAGUUUCACAAGUGCCGUCAGUGGUAGACGGCGGUGUAUCAGCAACGCCCCCAACCGGCGAAGCUCACACUCAAACUGUUUUGUUCUCGGACAUUUUGAGGAUCAACAUUCGGAGACAGCUUCAGACUGAGACAAGACGCUUCCACACUCGGCGUAGUCGGCUUCGGCUCAGAUACGCCCGAGAAUUGGAGAAGCUGAGACGGGAACUUGUAGGGAAGAACCAAAUCCUGUCCUCCUUACAGCUCAAGAUCCCUACCCUGGAGCAAGAGAUCCACGGACUCAGGAUGGAGAAGGCUGAGAUAAUCCGGGCCCUACAGGAGGAGAGAGGGAAAACCCUCACCCUGAUGGGACGCUUAAAGGACGUGUACGACAGACUCAUGGUGAUCAACUCCGCCCAGCUGCUACAACAACAACAUCUGCAGUUUGAUCAUUCCAUGUAG